AUGCCAGUAACCUCCACUCAAGGCACUCGUCGAAGAUUCUAUAAUGACCUAGCUCGAGAUGUCCGAAAACUAGAUACACUCGCAUUACCGGUUACGAUCCAUUCCCCUUCACAUAGCAGAGGCGGUUCUCAAUGGCAGCCUCAAUCAUCUGCGUGGGGGAACGAUGAUGGCUGGGGGAGUGUACCUACUUCAGAUCGGGGUGGUACUCUCAGUCCACUCAAACACAACUAUAACCUCGUUGGUAAAAGUAUCAAGUUAAAUCAGAGAGAUGGGGAGGGAACGGAAAAGGAAAGGGAGGAGGCUCGUGCAUCAAUCAAGACACCAUCAGCAAACAGACCUAGCAGAAAUACCCGAUCAGGAGAGAAGAACGGAGAAGAGCCCGACCCGACACGUACGCCCCCAUCCAACCAAAAGGUGAAACGGUGGAUCCACGACGUUCCUCCUUCCUCUACUGUCAAGGCGAGUGGGCGCGGCACACAAACAACUACUUCUAUUAGUGAAGACAACCCGACUGCUCGAAAUCAAAGUGAUCAUACCCACGCCCUUACUCGCCUUCCUUGUCCUAAGUUCAUCAGCGGCGAUACCAAAAAGGAAAAGAAGGACAAGAUGAAUUACCUUCAUGAGGAUAUGCCAAGUACCUCUUAUCGAAGGUAUACCACGGGUGCUACCGGUACUGGUACAGGUGGGAAUUAUGAUUAUCCUACUAACCCAAAAAGAAAUCGAUCACCUAGGGGAGAAAACUUGCGGUUGCAUCAUACCAUCCCAUUCUCAAGUGGUAACAUGUCUUCUUCGAGAAUAGGUGAAAAUGAGGAUACAUAUAGGAUGAGUAGUAAUGAUCUCAACCUCAGACUUGACACUACCACCGAUUUGGAAAGGACCCUUCAAGCUAAGAAAAGGGAAUUUGAAGAUGUCCAAAGACGUCUGGAAGAGAGUAAGAAAGAAAGAGAAACACCAAGAGAAAGUUUUCCUCUUCCGCCUAGACCUCCUACUGCAUUUACGUACCAUCGAUUAGCCGAACAUGAUCAGAUCAUUCAACUCCGCCGAGAGAACACUUCUCUCCAUUCAUCCCUUUCAGAGGCUAGACGAACAAUCAACACCUUAAAGAACCGUAUUGACGAAUUCGAGCUAUCACCUCGAUCUAAUCCAGAGAUAAUUGCCAAGAUGGAGAAUGACCUUAGCAAGCUCUCUCAGGAAAACUCUUCGUUAAAUGAUGUAUUGAGGGUCUUGGAAGGAACGCUGGAAGAUGAGAGAGAAAAAAAUAGGAAAUUGGAAUUGGAAACUCAAUCGUCAAAGAAAGGUCAGAGUGCAUGUGCUAAAUCCCUCCUGGCAAGUGAAAUUAAAGUGAAAGAAUUAGAGAAUACUUUGAAAGAAGUCGAAGAGAGGGAAAGGAUCGAGAGGGAAAAAAGGGAUUUGAUCGAGAAGAGAUAUAGAGGAUUAGAAUUGGAUUAUUCCCACUUAGCUGCCGAGUUGGAGACGUGGAAGGCCAAAACGAAUAACGCUUAUAGGGAGAAAGAAGGUGCUAUAAGUAAAUAUAAAGGUAAAGAGAAUGAUAAUGCCAAAUUAUCCGAUAAGCUGAAUCUCUCGAGAAGGGAGAAAGAAGCAUUACAAGCUAGGUUGGAUGAAGUGAUUGAAGAGAAAGCUCAACUGUCCCAAUCACAAGUAUCUGAGAAAGGUCUUUUGGAAGAUAGGAAGAAACUCAAAGAAGAACUUCAUCGAGAGAGAACGACCUCUGAUAGAUUACGUUCCGAACGAAAUACAGCUCGAGAUCAAAUCAAAAAGAUGAAGCUCCAACUCGCAGUUUUACACGAAACCAAAUCUCAAUCUGCUGGGGUCAACGGUCGCGACGUAAAGCUACAUCAUCCUACACCAAAUUCUUCAGAGAAACAUAAGCCGAAAUUCCCUUUAUCGUUUUCUGGGUCGACCUCCGAGGAUAUUCAAGAAACCAUCCCUAAAAAGAAGGUGGUGGUGGAGGUGAUUGCGGAUGAGGAAGGGGAUGGAGUGAGGUAUAAGCCGCAGAGAGUAAAUAUGGAGGAUUCUGAUGAGGAAGAUGAAUAUCAAGAUACAAGAGAAGAGGGUCAGAACGAGUCUACCGUCAAGUCCGCUCAAUCGACUACAUCGCCUCAGAAUAGCUAUGCUCAAGAUAUCCAAUCUAUCUUGUCCCCUCAGCCACUUACUUUCCACUCCAUACCCCUCGUUCCUCAGAAAUUGGAUACACCCAUAUCCAAAGAGGAGCAAUUACUCUUCGCCAAUUCCAAUCAGUUUGAGAAGACGAAACCUACAGAGGGAGAGGGAAUAAAUGGAUCGGACAAUGCUGUUGCAAGUCGUAAGAAUUGGUUGGAGCAGUAUGCAGAGAUGAAUGUGAGUACUACUACGCCUCAGAUCGUAAAUGAUCAGAAAACCGAGACUGAUACUGCCGUUGAGCCAGAUAAGAAGGAAUCGAAAGAUCCAUUCGCGGACCUAGACCCUUUGGACCACUCUUCAAACUCUAUCAAACCUCAAUUCCAAUCACCUCGAUCUCAGCCAUCUACCUCUGCCAUCAGACGAUCGAGCAAAUCUUUGAAAGUAUCUUUGAUCGAUGUUCUAACUUCGCCCACAUCUUCACUGUAA